AUGGCACGGAUGUGUAAACCACUCAGGCCUUGCGGAGCUUCACCAGCAGCUGUUUGCAGGCGCGACUCCCGGCAUGAACUCUACGUGUGCGGCGUCGGGCGGUCCACGCAGGGCCCCGUCUUCUCGCAGGAGCCGCCCAGAAUCGUGCACUUCACCAACUCAACGGGCGUCACCGUCAACUGCGUGGCGGAUGGCACGCCCACGCCAGCCGUCACCUGGACCAUGCAGGAUGGGCGUCCCGUCGAAGAGGUCAUGGGUCUGAGGGAAGUGUUGACCAACGGGUCACUGGUGUUCCCGCCUUUCCCUGCCAACCAGUACGACACGCAGCUGCACGCCAACACGUACAUAUGCCGUGCAACAUCUGCAGGAGGCACUGUGCUUGCCCGGCCCUCGCAGAUCAGAGCAGUUGUGGUGGGCGACUACGAGGUCCAAGUGUACGACCAGCUGGUGAUGGCUGGUAACACUGCCGUGCUCCGUUGCGCCGUGCCUUCUUACGUGCGCGAAUACGUCACCGUGACGUCAUGGGUGCACGACGACUCCUUCAACAUCUACCCGUCGCUGCACGGCGGUGAGUGUGACAUCGUUUCCCUUGAGUACGCCGAUGAUACGCUUAUAUGUUUAUAG